ACUGCAGUCGGGUGUUGGGCGCUAGGUGGUCAGAAAUGGGGCCGAGUGGACCUACGCCAAUGGAGACGCCGAUGAUGACGACGACGCCGGGCCAGAAGCACAUGGACCCGACGUGCGAUGACGAGCGCGUGGUCGCCCUCGAGGCCGCGCUCCGUGACAAGGAGCACGAGCUGCUCGUGCUGCAGCGCAGCCAUGACGAGUACGUGCACUCGAGCUGCGAGAUCGAGCACGAGCUCGAGGUGGAGGUCCAGCGCCUCGAAGCCGCGCGGGCCAAGACCGACGAGCAGCUCGAGAAAGCGCUCGACGACGCGCGCAGUGCGCAGCAGGCCGUGCUCACCGCUAACAAGGACGUCGUUCAACUUCAAAGUGUCAUCGAGGAGCUCACGAAGACCACGAGUACGCUCAAGAAGCAAGUGCAAGUGCUCGAGCAGCACAACGACGACCUCGAGCGCCGCGAGCGAGAGCUCCAAGCGUCCGUCGAGGACCUCGAGGCGCGGCUCGACGACAGCAUGGAACAAAACGUCUUUCUCCAGCAAGAGCGCGACGAUCUGCAGAAGCAGUCGGAUUUCCGACCGCCCUCAAAGCUGGCGCCUGUCAAUGUCAACAUGGACCUCGCCAAGCCUGCGAUCCCGAUCGCGUUCCAUGCGAUCGAGUCGCCCGUGCCGCCAACGCGCCGGGUGUCUAUGCCGGCCCGGGUGUACAUUGCUGCGAAAAACAGUUGCGGGCCCGUGUGUGCCAUCAUGUAGCAGUACUACUGUUCCGCCGUCUGUCGCCCUCGUUGUCCUCGUCCACGUACUACACUCUGAUCUUAGACGAUAUUAAUACACACGCCUUUAUUUAUUCACGGCC